AUGCGCACACUACGGAGAGACGAUCCAACGCCGACAUUACUGCUCGCUUCCGAGCUUACUCUCCCCAGCGGGUCAGGAGCAACGGGGCUCCGUCUCCCGGGUAGGGGACAUCACUUGCAGGUGCAGUUCGAACCGCAUUUGCAGUCGUUCUCGGCGACGGCGGCGACCAUCGCAAACGACUCAAAUGACCUGCGAGGAGAGGACACGUCGGCCGACGGCAGAGGGCGGUUACAGCGAGCGGGAAGAACGUGCUAUUCGAUGCACUGUUGGGCUAGAGAGGGAAGGAGGCCUACCCCCUAGCGGAGGCAACUCCCAUGAUCAUGGUUCCGGUGGUGGCGAUCUUCUCUUCCGAGUCCAGGUCAGGGAACAUCUUGGAUCUGCGGUGAGAGAAGAAAAAAUAGCAUGAGAUGAUGAAGAAAUCGAUCUGUUCUGUGGAUAGACUGUACCGCGGAGAUGAGAAUGGCUGUAGAACUAAGAUGAUGAUAUAGGUGAGGAAAACAUUAAACAGAUCGUCCGAUAAACGAGUGAGAGCUGUCUCCUGGACAAGAGGAUGGAGGAAUCCUCCUCCUGGAGACUGGUCGAGACCUCAGCCUUCUAGUGUGAGAGAAAUUGAAAAACCAACGCAACUCAAACCCCGAGACGACGAGUACGAUAAACAAUGUCGGCGACGAUCUUCAAAAAUCUCGGACGAUGAUCGUCGGAGAUGCUAGUCCUCCGAACGACAGAAGAUCAGAGCAAACGCAAGCCAAAAUCGGCCUCGAUAGGCAUGAUUCGGGGAUCGAACAGGACGAUAAAACGGCAGCAGUACGAUCUCAGACGAAGAUCUGGCGCAGAGCUUGGGAUUACCCCCCGCAUCCGCCGCAGACGCACUUCCCACUGGUGCAAGACAUGGCUGCUCUCGGUAGGUGGAGUGAGAGGAAAUGGGGAGAGGACAAGUGAUGAAAGGCUACCGCGGAGCGGGGUGGGGAGGAAGCCCGCCGGAGUCGCCCUUUUUAUAGCCCAGCCGGGGGGGGGACAGCGGAAUCUCGAACCAUCAUCCUCCACCGUCAAAUUUCCAUCAAUCAUAUGGUACAGUCUCGCAUCCCGAGGAGAUAACCUGAAAAUAUCCCGCUUGGCGGACAUAUAUCCACGUCACCAUUCCACUGGACCCUAAAUGAUUAGUCGUAUGUGAACAUUAUUUCGUCAUCACCCUUCGACGGGUAUUUCCAGCGGUAAAUAUAAACAUCAUUUAA